UACAAUUAUGGAUCUGUACUUCGCAAAGCAAAAUUUGUAGUAAGAACUUAAACAGCAAAGUUAUUAAAGACGUUACUUCAUUAUGAUGAGAAGAGGUUCAUAUAACGUCAGCAGUUCGUCCACAGAUGAUUGCGAAGACGAACCACGAACGGAUUCAACAAUGAAGAAAACUGUUCCAGCACACUCGUACGUAAGAAAGUACUCACAAUAUGGAAAGAAUAGAAGAAACAAGCUAGGCGCCGAAUGCAUCCACAAAGGGUUUUUGAUGAAACAGCAUGGCUCAUUUCAGAGAUGGAGACCACGCUAUUUCAAAAUUUAUCCACAACAAAUAUAUUACGCAAAGAGCCCCACAAGUAACUUAUUCCAUGAGAUUAACUAUACGGAAGUUAGCAUUGCAGCCACCAGCAUCAACAACGUCAAUAACAGCUUUAAGGUUAUCACAGGACAAGUCACCUUAUCAUUGUCGGCGGAAACGCGUCGAGAAAUGGAAGAAUGGAUAUCAGCAUUCAAAUUUGCAGCUAUGAAACAAUCUAACGUAAAUAGUGAGCUGACAGAGACACUGAGUGGAGACCAUCAUUGGUAUUCUUGUACACAUAGCCGACCCACUUUUUGCAAUGUUUGCCGUGAUCCUUUACCUGGCGUAACUGCCAAAGGUUUAUCAUGUGAAGUGUGUCGUUAUAAAUCACACAAGAAAUGUGCUGCUAAAGCUCCCCAAAAUUGCAAGUGGACAACAUUGGAAUGUAUUCCAGCAGAAGAAAGAUUUGUUGGAGUUGGAUCACACGAGUUUUCAAUGCCACACCAGUGGUUGGAAGGGAAUAUACCACCAGGUCAUAGAUGCGUUGUGUGUGGUAAAUUUUGUGGAAGUAAACGACGUCUUCAGGAUUGGAUGUGUUUAUGGUGUGAGAAUGUGGUUCACAGCAGUUGUAAAUCACAAUAUCAACGCAAGUGCAGUCUCGGUUUGAACUGUUUGUCAAUUAUUGCGCCAACUGCUAUUAAACGUGCUGAAAGUAUCGGACCAGGUGUAUGGGAGACUGCUCACACCAAUCACCGCAGUCCUUUGAUAGUUUUCGUCAACUCAAAGAGUGGUGAUAAUCAAGGAAUACGUUUCAUGAGAAGAUUCAAACAGCUGUUGAAUCCAGCACAAGUAUUUGAUCUUAGUGUGGCUGGUCCAGCUUUAGGUGUGACAAUGUGUAAAAGUUUUCAGCAAUUUCGUAUUCUUGUUUGUGGUGGGGAUGGUAGUGUAGGAUGGGUGAUGACUGAACUCGACAAACAGAAGUUGACAACCAAGUGCCAAAUUGGUGUCUUACCUCUGGGGACUGGUAACGAUCUUGCUCGUGUGUUUGGUUGGGGUAGCGCUUGUUACGAUGUUGGUGUGAUCCCAUUAGUUCUUCAGCAACUUGAGAGAGCAAGACCAUGCAUGUUAGACAGGUGGGCGAUUAUGACGAAGCAAUUUCCAGAAGGUGAUAACAUAUUUGGAUAUGAAGAUUCCAUUGCUAUGCACAUUACAAGAAUGUUGGCUUCUAAUCAGUACGAUAUUGUCAUACAAUCAGCAAGAUUCCUUUGUGAGGCCAUCAAAGACUUUGUUGAAGUGGUUAGAGAAGUUUCUUCAGAGCCUGGUAACGAAUCUGAUGCACAGUCUCUACCGAACAAAUGUCUAACGUUACAGCAUAAGCUAAACUUGCUCCUUCGCACAUUACAAAUCGAAUCAGAAGCUAGCAGCAGGUUUAAAAAUUUGAACGACAAUAGAAGAAGCAGCACGAUGGAGAACCUAGAUAUCUCCUCGUUGCAGUCUCAUCAUCGCUCGAAAUGGCAUAGCGAACCAGAAUUAGCUAACGAUGAGCUCCAUUCCAUGCUUCAAAGAAGACCAAAACAGAAAGUGUUUAUACCGAAAGAGCACUUAUGGUCACGUGCGAAUAGUUUAAAGAAAGCCAUGCGGGAAAUCCUUGAUCACACUGAAAAAGCUGUUGAUGCACAGAACAGUCAAACAAGUGAGGCCAUAGCUCAAAGCAUCAUAACAGCCACGAAUGCCAUGUCAAAAAACAAUUCCACACUCGCGCAGGUGUUGGAUGAUUUGCCGGAAACGAUAAUAGAUGCUGACGAGAAGGAUGACAGUGAUGAGAAAGAAAAAGACCUACUUCUGCCGGAGAAAUCUGGGAAAGCCAUCACCACCACUCUUCCACGUCAGGAUGAAGGUGAUAUUAUGCUGACCAAAGCUAUUGCGAAAUUAAACAUUUCACCUGCGAUGGAGCGUUCAAAUCAAUUAAAAGUGCCAACUGUACGCGCGUCCUUAUCAACACCUACAUCGCCUUUCAUCAAUUUGAAAUCCGAUUUGUUUUUUUCGAAAAAUAAACCGUCCAACACGAUUAUUUAUCCCGGUACGGUGAUUGCGAGAGCGUUUCAAAAACCUGUUGCUGCGGAGGGAAUCAUCAGUAAAGUCCUGCUGGCUAAUGCUAAUGCGUUUUGUGCUACAGCUUUACCUGGGAUGGAUGAACAUGAACAACUAAACAACUACAGCGAGAAGUGCACAAUGAACAAUUACUUUGGUGUAGGAAUAGAUGCGAAAAUCUCACUUGAUUUCCACAACAAACGAGAAGAACACCCAGAAAAAUGCAGAAGUCGAACUCGAAACUUUAUUUGGUACGGUGUGUUGGGCGGAAAAGAAAUUAUAAAUCGUACUUACAGAAACUUGGAACAAAAUGUUCAUCUAGAGGUGGAUGGUCAUAAAAUCAAUCUACCAAGUUUACAAGGAAUUGUUGUUCUGAAUAUACCAAGUUAUAUGGGUGGUUCAAACUUUUGGGGAACAAAGAAGGAAGUUGAUGGUUUCGUCGCUCCUUCAUUUGAUGACAAGAUGUUGGAAGUUGUAGCAGUACUCGGAGCAAGCCAGAUGGGUAUGUCAAAGGUAUUCGGGGGCAUGCAACAUCAUAGGAUUUCACAGUGUCACACAGUGAAAAUAACCAUCACCGAUGAAGCUGUACCAGUGCAAGUAGAUGGUGAAGCUUGGAUGCAACCACCUGGCAUUAUACAGAUUGUCCAUAAAAAUAGAGCACCUAUGUUGAUGAGAGAUCGGGAAUUUGAAGAAACUCUGCGGUCAUGGAACGAAUUGAAGCAAUGUAAAGUCGAACGCAUGUCGGAACCUUUCAGUGAGCAUGAAAUCACUUCACUGACACCUGUUGCUGAAGCAGUCACGACACUUGUGCGAAGUGUUAAAGCCGCAUCGAUGAUGAAUUCUGUCGUUCAACAAGAGUUGUACCAAAUGGCAUCGAAUCUUGCUUCGUUAACGGAACGUUUUCACCAGAAGAAUCCAAAUAGUCCGAUGAUCAGCCGCGGCGAAGUUUCCGAAUUUUUGUCCGUCUCGAAAUCGUUUAUAAACGAAGUCAACGAGAAAAUGUGGACCUUGAAACCAGAGCUUUCUAGUCAAUUAGAAGAACGUAUUGUGGCUUCGCUUUCAAAAGCUGACCAGGAAAUGCAGUCAUAUAUGGAAUCCACACAAGAGACAGCUGAAGAAGAGCCACGCCCACCAUUAAGAACUCAAUCUGGUUCAAAAUCAUCAAAGGGUUGGAACAUGUUCGGCAGGAAGGCGGUGUCUUGUCGGGAGAAAACGUCAGACAGCUCGCUUGCGAACACAGAAAAUAAAUCCGUGCAUGAUUGGAGUGUGUACGAAGUAUGCACAUGGUUGGAUACUAUAGGUUGUGGUGAAUACAGAUCGAUUUUUUUGCAACACGACAUCAGAGGACCUGAGCUGAUUGCGUUGGAACGGAAUGAUCUACAGGAACUUGGAGUUGAAAAAGUUGGGCAUAGUAAGAGAAUUCUCGAAAAAGCGAAACAGCUUCAACGCAACAGAAACGCAACGAAAUCAUCGAAAUGGACAAGAAAAACUGUGUCGUAAACUCGAAAUUCUUCCUUCGUAUAGGUUGUGUUUGUCAAACUUUAAAAGCUAAUACGCGGUAAAGAAAAGUGAGGAACACAACUUCGUAAGCAACGCUGGUCGUAGAGGUCAUUCCAUAGAAAUUUUUUAAUUUUGCUGCAGCGGACCGCGUUAAACGAUAUUAUACAGAACAAAAUGGCUCUUAAUUUAUUUAUUUAUUUAUUCCGACAUAUUAAAAGAGAAUGGUUUUCUCAUUCGUCUAUAUACAUAUAUUUUCAUUUCAAGUAAUAUUUUAAAUAGUUUUUUUUUGUUUAUAUUUAAAAUUUGCUUGUUUGUUUUGUUUUAAUUAGUUAGUUCCAAGUUAUUAGCAUAACUUUACCUCAUUGAAAAAUCGUUUUACUCGAACCCAGACCCACCUUUAAAAGAACGCCCUUAAAAUAGUGUGCCCCGUCCCCUUUUCUUUUGAGACCUUACAUGGUGGAGGCGCUCGUUCCAGCUAAUCGGUACGUUUGAUUAACUUGUUUCGUUGGCCUCUUAUGUUAUGUUAUUUAUUGUCCAUUUGUUUGUUUGUUUGUUUGUUUGUUUGUUUGUUUGUUUGUUUUAUUAGAUCCACUGUUUUAUCUUCCCUUUUACUUUAUACGUUUCUUUUCCGCUUAACAAAUGGUUUUAAGGAAUAUAAUUCGACUAUGUAUAAUAUAUGACAGUAAACAAUAUAGAAUAAAGAAUUUAUUUAUGGUGGAAAUUUAAUGCAACGCCUCAGAUAUGGUUAAAUUAGCUUUAUUGUUGUCAGCACAUGCACAUUUUUAAUUCAAUACUGUUAAAUAUGCCUAUUGCUUUUUUUUCUUCAUACAAAAGUCUUUCUUUUUAUUGGGAUGAUUUUUAAACAGACCUUUCCUGGAUUUACGAUCUUUCUGUUGUGGUUUAAAAACAUCGGUUUUACCACGAGGAGCCAUUUUAGCGGUACAUGUUGAUUUUUCCCCUUUCUUUAUCUUCUGUUAAAUAAGAAUGCAGGAAGAUAUGCUCGACACAUGAAAAAAAAUAAAUUUUGGAAAGGUCUUUUUUCGCAUUGCAUGUUUCUUUGUUUUCUUUAAAAGUUGGUGCAUAUUCAAUAUUUUUGUUAGAUUCAAUUAGUCCAUUAUAGUCCAUUUUAAGUUUUUGUUCUUAUUCUGUUUUUUAUUUUUGUACAUCUUUAUUUUUCUAUAUUUUCAACCUCGUUCCCAGUUCUCUCGUCAUGUAUCAAUUGAACUUUCUGAUUGGGAGCGGGGUUGUUUUAUGUCGUUGUUGAAAUUAGUUUGAAUUGUAGUGUUUAUAUGUAAAAUGUUACUGUAAAUUUGAAAUAGUAGUGAACUACGAAACCUCAACCUCGUUCCCAGGACUUUUUGUUUCUUAUCGACGCUGCUCUUACGCCAUCCGAUAUGCAAAAAGAGACAACAGGUCCUGGGAUCAAUGUUGACGAAACCUAGUAUUUGAAACACACUGUUCAGGCUGGGCCUAUUUUAGCGUGUGAAAGGCAGGGCCUGCAAUAUUGUAUAAUUUUUAAUACAGGCAAAAUGUCACAAAGAAA